ACACACACAUAUAUAUAAAUAUAUAUAUACAUUUGAAGAGACGGCCAACAAUGGACAUGGAAUACGUGAAUAUCAAUGAAUUUAACGACCUCGAGCUGGCGACGCGCAUGCGCACCUGCAACUAUGAGAAAUACAAAUCUCUCGUUCGCAUGCAUCUCUCAUUUGAGCUCGAAUUGAAUACCGAUGAAUUCGAUUUGGCCUGCCACGAAAUUGUCUACGAAGACAAGGGCAAGUUGAAGAAGUGGAACAGGCUCUCGAAGAAGCACAGACUGGGUCAUGUUGGCAAUGCCUCCAGUGUUGCCAAUGUUGCUGGCUGUGCCUCGGGAAACGGCAGCAAAUCGGUUGGCAACAGUCCCACAGAGGGCCUGCAGCAGCAAAUCGAUGCCGGCUUCCAAAUGCAUAUGCUGGAGCUCAAGCAGUUUCUCAUGCUGGAGAAGAAUCUCAAUCAGGAGGGACUCUUUCGUAAAGGCGGCUCCGCUUCGCGUCAAAACGAGUUGCGUCUGCACAUCCAGCAGGACAAACCGUUGGAGCUGGAGCAGGCCGGCUUUUCGGCACACGAUUGCGCCACCGUUUUCAAGAGCUUUCUCGCUGAGCUGCCAGAGCCACUGCUGACGGAUGCACACUAUCCGGCCCAUUUGCAGAUAGCGCCGCUUUGCCAAGUGUUGCUCGCGGAGCAAUCACAGGCCAACUUGGAACGUCAGCAGCAUCUGCUGAGCUCGGUGCAGUUGCUACUGCUGCUGCUGCCGGAGGAGCAGCGUGAGUUGCUGCAACACAUCAUGGAAAUGCUGCACGCUGUGGCGCUGCACGAGGCCACCAAUAAGAUGAGUGCAGAGAAUUUGGCCACUUUGUUUACACCGCAUUUGAUCUGUCCACGCAACAUGCCGCCCGAGGUGCUGCACUACACGGCUAAGCGAAUGGCCAGCAUUGUGGCAUAUAUGAUUGUACACAACCUGGACAUCUUUGCCGUGCCAGCUAAGCUGGCAACUGAUAUACGGGCGUACUUUCUUGAACGCAAACGCAAGAAAACCAUGUCGCCAGAGCAAACGCUCGACGAAUCCAUCUCGGACAUCUCGACGGUCAACACGGUGUACACUUUUGUAGAUCGCGCCGCUACAGCAGCGGCAACCACAUCCAACAACACAGACACGGAGUUGGCCCAACUAUACGCCCACAUUCAAAGCCUGCCGGAGUCCUCAAAGAAACGGCGUCUCAUUAAACAGUUUAACAAACAAAAUGGACAGGGCACUCCAUUGCAGUUGGUCGUCAUGAAUCGACUGAAGAACAAUGAGGCGACGCGCAGUGCAAAAUCCCUGGGUGACUCCAUAAAGAAGCACAUAUUUCACAAGAGUCUCAUGUCGCGCACUCCGAAACGGGCGCCCGCCCUCCAAGCUAUGCACGGCUCUGAGACGCCAAAUCUAUCGCAUGUGAAGGCGCCAAAGUUGCGCGUGCUAUUCCAAAGUCCGACGCCACCGAUGCCACUGUCCACAUCCAUAGUCCCCUCAUCAUCAUCAUCAGCAGCAGCAUCAUCAUCAGUCGGCGGCACUAACACACUGCACACGCUUCACAAGUCCAUUUCAUCCGCAUCGUUGAAGAUUGAGUCAUCGUCGGAUGGCAGCAGUUGUGGUGCCAACAGCAGCCACUCGGCGCCCGUCAGUCGCCAGCAAUCGCAUGAGUUGCCAGCUGGGCCAGCUACUGUGCCCGAGCUGGACGAGAUCGAUGCCGACGAUCGAUGCUGUGUGACGCCGGGGAAGAUCAUUUCGGCGGUGGCGCAGCAGCUGAUCAGUGUGACGGCUGAUAAGAAGAGCGUGGUGUGGAACGAUCACCGUCUGCUGAAUAUCGAGGAGUACUCGAAUCCCUGCACGCCUGUCCACCAAUCCUCGCGCUACAAGUCCGAGCCUAAUCUGUGUAGUCUGCUGCCACAGGUGCACGACGACGACAACGACCAUGAUUACGAUCAGGAUGCCGCACUGACGCCCAUUGCGGAGGUCUCAACGACAACAGCGGCUUGCAGUGGCAUGGGCAAAUCCCUGACCCGCAAGCUGAUGAAGGGCGUUAGCAUGGGCAACCUACGGUUUCCAUUCAGCACACCGGAGACAACAAAGCGCUUGGUGCGCAGCGUUUCGGCCACGCUCAAGCGUCGCCCCAGCUCCAACGAGGAUGCCAAGCACUUGCCGGCAGCGGAUGCUCCCCUGCUGGAGGAUGUCGACGAUAGUGAUCUGGAACAGCAGGAAGAUGCUAAUGAAGAUGAUGAUGAUGACGACACCUUGUCCGAGGUAAAUGGCAGCUCCAAUGAACUGCCUGGCAUGACCGUGGACAUCAGCUACCAUCAGCAGCUGCUGCAGAGCAGUGUUUAUCGCAAUCUGGAUCUGAUAACAAGCACGCCAGCACUGCGAAUGGGUCGCCGCUCCAUGUCGCCAAUAACCAAGUCCACACAACGCAUGCCCAAGGCAAUGCAGGAAUCCAUUAUGACACCACGCUCGCGCAAGCCUGUCAUGCUGCUCACUGCUCUAAACAAUGGCGAUCAGAAGCAGCAGAAUCGUAGCUUUGGCGAGCAGCAGCCGGAUGAGCUGUUGAGCACCAAGCAGCUGGAGCCACCGGUGCUGCAUAGCGAGGAUGCCACCUCACUGGGUGGAUAUGCGGAUAUCCUGAGGCGUCAGCAGAGCUUUGUCAAUCAACGGCAGCGAACGAGCAGCAGCAGCAAUAGCAACAGCAACAGCAAUAGCAAUGAGCUGGAAUUGGAACCUUCACUGGGAGGCAAGCCACCUAAUGCUCUCUCCAGUGAUUUCAACUCUUUCCCCUCCAACAGGGAGUAUUUGCUAACGCGCAGUGUUUUGACCGCCAGUCCGGCGGAUUUGUCAUUUGCGAGUCGCUCGGAUGACUUUGGUGGCGCCAACACCACACAAGAUAUUGAGGAUUUUGAUGAGUCCGAGCUGAGUCCCAGUCUGCUCUAUUGCUUGGACGGUAAUGAACCGGCAAUUGCCUCGCCACUGGGCAGUUUCAAUAACGGUCGCAAACGCUCGGCGGACACACCUCUUAAGGCUGCCCGUGGGGCAGAUGAUGAUGCCGCCGGCAACAAGGAGAAUAUUUCUAGCGGCGAUGCCGAUGAGCAUUUGCACACCAAGAAAUUGCUGAUUACUUCUAACGAGGAGUAUCCGGGCGAAACGGCGCUUUGAACUCAUCCUUACAGCAUUUAACGUUAAAACCGUUGCACGGCUUUAAGAAAAUUGUCUUAUUAUCAAACAUAUUGCUUCCGUGAAAUUGUUUUCGAAAAAACAAACAAGCAGCCAGAAAUGGCAGCGUUUUAAAUAUAAGUUUAACGCAUUCGCGUUUUUUUUCAAAAAAUUAAUAUGUAGUUUACGACUUACAUUAUAAAUGCAUGACUCAAAAAAUUAAACAA